AUGAAAGGUGGCGGAGUUAUCGUGGAAGAACGCUUCGUGUACGAGAAGGAAACCCAUCUCACUGUUAUGAAAACGUCUCUCUUCUUCGCCGGCGAUGGAUUCACUGUUUAUGACACCAACGCUCAAAUCGUCUUCAGAGUCGACUCAUACGGCCCCGACGCUCAUGACGCCGGAGAACUCGUCCUCAUGGAUCCCUCCGGCCGUUGCGUCCUCACCGUCCGCCGCAAGAGGCCGAGUCUACACCAACGGUGGGAAGGGUUUCUAGGUGAGAGAAAAGAAGGUGAGAAGCCGAUAUUUAGCGCGAAGAGAUCGUCGAUGAUAGGGCGGUCGAACGUGACGGUGGAGGUUUUCGGUGGUCGGACGGAGGAGUACGUGAUUGAAGGGUCUUUUGGUCAUCGGAACUGUACGAUAUAUGAUUCGGAAAAGGAAACAAUGGCGGAGAUGAGACGCAAAGUGGAUUCUUCGACGAACAUGAAGCUUGGGAAAGACGUAUUCUGGCUGACAUUGAAGGCGGGAUUCGAUGCUGCGUUCGCCAUGGGACUGGUUCUGGUUCUUGAUCAGACCAACGACGAUAAUGGCGGCGACGGUGAUGUCGAUCAACGACGACAUUGACUUCGACUUAACUGCUGCCAUUUUGACCAACAUAAAUACAUGCACUUAUUUUCUCUAAGAUAAAAUAUGGUUCCUAAAUUUCA